CGCCGCCGCCGCCGCCCACCUUCUGCCGCCGCCACCACAGACACUUGCUCCUCGGCUUUCCUCUGCUGUCCUCGCCCUCUGUCUACAAUCAGGUGGGCCUUGAACCAGGAUGACUGAGCCCCGCCAGGAGUUCAACAUGAUGGACGAUCAUGCCGGGACCUACGGGCUUGGGGACAGGAAAGAUCUCCCCUCUCAGGGGAGCUACACCCUGCUGCAGGACCACGAGGGCGACGGGGACCACGGCCUGAAAGAGCCUCCCCUGCGGACCCCCACCGGUGACAGAUCUGAAACCGCUGAUGCUAAGAGCACUCCAACAGCCAAAGACGUGACAGCGCCCCUAGUGGAUGAGGGAGGCCCCGGCAAGCAAGCAGCCGCUCAGCCCCAUGCGGAGAUCCCAGAAGGAACCACAGCUGAAGAAGCAGGCAUCGGAGACACCCCCAGCCUGGAAGACCAAGCGGCGGGACAUGUGACUCAAGGUCAAGGAGUUGAGAAGCUGGUCCAGGAAGGCGUCCUCAGAGAGCCGAGGCGUCACGGAGAUGCGGACACGGGCCUGAGGACCCCGGGUCUGACCCGCCAGCACAUGCCCGACGUACCUGGGGCUCCCAUCCUGCCUGAGAGUCCCAGAGAAGCCGUGUACCCGCCCUUGGGGACAGAACCCGAGGACACAGCGGGAAGUCGCCGUGGCCUGGGGCUGCUGGAGCACCAGCCUUUGGGAGGCCUGCGCCAGGAGGGGCCGCCUCUGAAGGGGCAUCAGGGCAAAGAGAGGCUGGGGGGUGAGGAGGUGGAUGAAGACCGCGACAUCGACGAGUCCUCACCCCAGGACUCCCCUCCCUCCCAGGAUUCUCCUCCCUCCCAGGUCUCCCCUCCCUCCCAGGUCUCCCCAGGUCUGCAGAGCUCCCCAGCCCAAGGCGGGCCAGCCCCCGAGACAGUUUCUAGAGAAGCCACUGGCACCCCCGGUUUCCCAGCUGAGGGUGCCACUCCCCUCCGUGUCGAUUUCCUCCCCAAAGUCUGCACAGAGCCCCAGGCCGCAGAGCCUGAGGGGCCCAGCACGGGGCCUGUGGAAGUGCAUGACGGGCCCCCCGAGUUCACGUUCCACGUGGAAAUCAAAGCCAACGUGCAGAAGGAGCAGGGAGGCUCCCAGGUGGAUGUGGGAGGAGCUGCCCCUCCGGGGGCCCCUGGAGAGGAUUCAGAGCCCCCAAGCCCCUCUGAGGGAGAGGACACAAAAAAGACUGACCUUCAAGAACCACCUGAAAAGCAGCCUGCGGCUGGGCUGCCCGGGAAGCCCGCCAGCCGGGUCCCUCAACUCAAAGCUCGCAUGGUCAGCAAAGGCAAAGACGGGGCUGGAACCGACGACAAGAAAACCAAGACAUCCACACCUUCCUCUGCUAAAACCCUGAACAGUAGGCCCUGCCUUAGCCCCAAAGGCCCCCCUCCUGGUAGCUCAGACCCUUUGAUCAAACCCUCCAGCCCUGCCGUGUGCCCAGAGCCAUCCUCCUCUCCUAAACACGUCUCUUCUGUCACGCCCCGAACCGGCGGUUCUGGAGCAAAGGAGAUGAAAGUCAAGGGGGCAGACACUAAAACUGGAACCAAGAUUGCCACACCCCGGGGAGCGGCCCCUCCAGGCCAGAAAGGCCCGGCCAAUGCCACCAGGAUUCCAGCAAAAACCACGCCGUCCCCAAAGACCCCGCCGGGUGAAUCUGGGAAAUCUGGGGAUCGCAGUGGCUACAGCAGCCCCGGCUCCCCGGGCACCCCUGGCAGCCGCUCCCGCACCCCAUCCCUGCCAACCCCGCCCACCCGGGAGCCCAAGAAGGUGGCUGUGGUCCGCACGCCACCCAAGUCGCCGUCUUCAGCCAAGAGCCGCCUGCAGACUGCCCCCGUGCCCAUGCCCGACCUGAAGAACGUCAGGUCCAAGAUCGGCUCCACCGAAAACCUGAAGCACCAGCCAGGAGGCGGGAAGGUGCAGAUAAUUAAUAAGAAGCUGGAUCUUAGCAACGUCCAGUCCAAGUGUGGCUCAAAGGAUAAUAUCAAACAUGUGCCCGGAGGCGGCAGUGUGCAAAUAGUCUACAAACCCGUGGACCUGAGCAAGGUGACUUCCAAGUGCGGCUCAUUAGGCAACAUCCAUCACAAGCCAGGCGGCGGCCAGGUGGAAGUCAAAUCCGAGAAGCUGGACUUCAAGGACAGGGUCCAGUCGAAGAUCGGGUCUCUGGAUAAUAUCACCCACGUCCCUGGGGGAGGGAAUAAAAAGAUCGAAACCCACAAGCUGACCUUCCGUGAGAACGCCAAAGCCAAGACGGACCACGGGGCGGAGAUCGUGUACAAGUCGCCCGUGGUGUCCGGGGACACGUCUCCGCGGCACCUCAGCAACGUGUCCUCCACGGGCAGCAUCGACAUGGUAGACUCGCCCCAGCUCGCCACGCUAGCUGACGAAGUGUCUGCCUCCCUGGCCAAGCAGGGCUUGUGAUCAGGCCCCCGGGGCGGCCAAUCAUCGUGGAGAGAAGAGAGUGAGAGAGUGUGGAAAAAAAGAAUAAUGACCUGGCCCCUCGCCCUCUGCCCCCAGCUGCUCCUCACAGACCGGGUAAUCGGUGAAUCACUUAACCUGCUUUUGUCACUCGGCUCUGGCUCGGGACUUCAAAAUCAGUGAUGGGAAUAAGAGCCAAUUCCAUCUUUCCAAAUUGAUGGGUGGGCUAAGAAUAAUAAAUGUUUUUAAAAACAUGUUAA